CAUGUACCUCCGCCAAACCUGAAUACGCGAUUCACAGUUGAUCAUGCGAGUGUACGAACAUUUGUGAGUGCCGACUGUCAGCUUGCACUCCAUGGACAGCCAUCAAAUGGAGGCAAUCGACUCCUCGCCGGCAGAAAUCAACCCGCGGAAACGCGCAGCACCGGACGAGGACUCUCCCGCGAAACGACCACUCAAUCUGAAAGGAACGCAGUUCACGAUGCCCACGCCACCCGACACAGACCAGUCUAGUAAUGCGAGCCCUACUGUCGAUAAUGCAGCUGCCCGAGACGUCUCCCCAGCCCCGAGCUGUACUACCCUGAGCAGCAUUGAAACGAUGUCAAGCAUGCCGCCACCUACCUCCACCGACGCUGCCGGCCAGACUUCGAGUGCUCCGACCACUUCAAUACCUGGGCAACCGCCCAAGAAGAAAAGAAAGCUCACUCCGUCGGAGAAAAUAGAGCAGCUUCGGGAGAAGGAAGCCAAAGCCGCCGAGAAAGCUGCAGAGAAAGCUCAGAAGGAGGCGGAGAAGGCGCGUAAAGAAGUGGAGAAGGCCGAAGAGAAAGCACGCAAAGAUGAGGAGAAGGUUCGGAAGGACGAGGAGAAGCGCGUCAAAGAUGAAGAAAAGCGAAAGAAGGCGGAAGAGAGGGAAGCGGUGAAGCGCGAGAAAGAGCACAAGGAGGAGGUCAAGGUGCAGGAGAAGCUCAAGAAAGAGCGCGCCCAGAUGCGACUUGGAGCCUUCUUUCAGAAACCCAUCACUCCUGCGAAGGACGGCGCUGACGAGGCGACAUUUGGCCGUGCUAGGCGCAAGUCGUUGUCCCUCGAGCCAUUCGACGCAGUAGCAGACCAAAUCCGCCGGUCAGAGUCGCCUUGCAAGGACGCUGCCCGCUCAGUGUCAGUGGUCAACACUCCUGCGAAACCUGCCGUCCCGGAUUAUCACAAAUACUUCCUGCCCUUUCAACUACAGACCUACACCUCCAUGGCUGCGCCUGCCAUCCCUGUUGACCUGGAUGUAGCUCAAGACAUGUUCGAUCAAGAAAUCGGGGAGUCUUCUUCAGGACAAGACUCCAUUCCUGUCCACUCAUCCUCUGUUCUCGAGCGACAUUUCACUCUGGAGCGGCAGAUCUCUCGCGGAAGACAUCUCUCUCGCAUGCGCAAGCUUUUCGAUCAGAUUCACGGCCGUUCGCAGCAGCCAGUCGACCUGACAACCGGUGAGCUUCCCUCCCACCCUAUGAGUGAGCUGCAGUCUGUCUCCCGGCGCCACAUCGCGUUCGAAUCCGAUGUUCGCCCGGCGUACUUUGGCACUUAUACGAAAAUCGAUUCCCCUCGAGUGGCACGACAGCUCGCUCGUAACCCUUUCACGAAAGCUCGGACAGACACUGACUACGACUAUGAUUCGGAACUUGAGUGGGAAGAGCCGGAGGAGGGCGAGGACCUACUGGACGAAGACGAUGACGAAGCGGAGAGUCAGGGAGACGUUCACGAGAUGGAUGAAUUCCUGGACGAUGAGGAGGACUCGCUCAAAUCCAAACGCAAAGUCGUCACCGGGGAUCUGGUGCCGACGCACAGCGGGUUGUGCUGGGAAGAUGAUUCCAGACAUCUCGUCGCGAGUGGUGAGGGUGACCAGCCGCUUCAGACUGCUCUUCGCGGUAUGCGGAUGGGCAUCUUGCUGCCGGGGCUGAAGGGCUCGACAAUCGAUCCAUUCUCGAAAAGCUAUUGGCAGAGCGAGCAGCCAUCCACGGAAACGACAGCACCGGCACCGGCAGCGACAAGUAAGACCGAGCCAUCCAUACCUUCGGAUGAGUUGAUGCCGCCUCCGUCCAGAGCGCCCCUCCAACCUCGUUUGAACAGCAAUGGCACUCUCGAUCACCUGUUCGCUGGUACAGUGGAUGGCAGCAGCAAAGCUACGAAAGCUCCGGCAUCGACGCAAGCAUCCAAGCCCGGACGCAAGCCUUUGCCGAAGACGCUCAGUAAGGAGGACAUGGACGAGUUCAAGGGGUUUGUCGUUGGAAGCCACGCGAACAAGGCGGACUUGUUGAAGGAAUUGAAGACGAGGUUUCCCAAUCUCACCAACGAGACAAUCAGGACUACGCUGGGCGACAAGUUUGCGCAGGUCGGCGCCACGAAGGCAGAGAAGAAGUGGGGAUACGUAUCGACGGAAUGAUCAACACUCUACACGUCGUGUAAUGUGCUUGAGCGACGAAGGACUCGGUGAGAGAGCGUGACGAUGACGACUGCUCGUCGAUGAGAUGAAAGGGCAAGGAUGCUGCAUCUGUAUUUACUACAUCAACUGCACCGCUUUACCCUCGAGCAGGAUAUAGUUGUACGCAAUAGCACUGACCAUCAAUCCCCGUCAACGUCAGAAACAGAUCACUCGUUCUCGCCGGAUGAGGCCCCCGGCAACGUCCACAUGACUCAAGUAUGUAUCUCUUCAAGACAACCUCGACAGAAGCGAGGAGCCGCCAGACCCGCGCGCGCAUGACGAUCUGGGCCAAUCAGCGUCGCGACAAUUGCGCUGACCGCUUCGCCACGUGAAAUUGCGCCAAUAGCCCGCCGGCUGGUCGGCUGAGACCCUUCCACGCUUAUACUUGCGCGUG